AUUUUCAUUGUAUAAAUGUCCGCCUGAUAUUUUAAGUAUUUUGGGGGCUGUUAAAAAGGGAAUGGGCUCUCAGUGAAUUUCGUCACUGGUUUGCCAGAUGUGACGUUAGUUCAUGUUUCCUGGUUUGAGGGUGUUGAGGGUAAAGUAAACGUCAAUAUAUUGCCGUGGUUUGAGUACUCGGUGUGGCAGUGAAUCGGGGACCAGACACACAUCAACCAUGCUGCAACUGAAAUGGGUACGGUAUUCUCCGUCAUGUAUCUUCUCUCGCGGUACUCUGUGUGUGAGGCUUAUGUGGUCAGGCGGUCCGGCAAGGCAAGGUCAUCAGAAGAGUCUUUCUCUGGAUUCCUCUCUGACCACCCGUUUAACAGCCUGUCAGGUUCCUGCAAAAACAGGUGCUUUGAACUAGUGGAAAGUGAACCACCAAACUGUCGCUGUGACAACCUGUGUAAAACAUACAAUACUUGCUGCUCAGACUUUGAUGAGCACUGCCUGAAAACAGCGGGAGGCUUUGAGUGCAGUAAAGAGCGCUGUGGUGAAACUCGUAAUGAGCAGCAUGCCUGUCACUGCUCAGAGGACUGCAUGGCCAAGGGAGACUGCUGCACCAACUACAGGUCUCUCUGCAAAGGUGAUGUUCCCUGGUUGCAGGAAGAGUGUGAAGAGAUUAAAAACCACGAGUGUCCAGCCGGGUUUGUUCGGCCACCUGUCAUCAUGUUGUCUGUUGAUGGCUUUCGUGCAUCUUACAUGAAAAGAGGAAGCAUGGUGAUCCCCAAUAUCGAGAAACUCAGAUCAUGUGGAACUCACGCACCAUACAUGAGACCUGUAUACCCCACCAAAACCUACCCUAAUUUGUAUACAAUUACAACAGAUUCAAAUUAUACAAGGAGGAUGUUCAUACUUAGGACUCAGGAGCAACACUGUGGGCUUUAUCCUGAGUCGCAUGGAAUUGUGGGUAACUCAAUGCAUGACCCUGGAUUUGAUGCCAACUUUAACAUCCGAGGGAAAGAAAAGCUCAACCAUCGAUGGUGGGGAGGACAACCUAUCUGGAUAACAGCAGUGAAACAAGGAGUAAAGGCUGGUACGUUUUUCUGGCCAGUUGGCAUUCCAUUGGAAAGAAGAGUUCUAACCAUGUUGCAGUGGCUUCACCUUCCUGAUGCAGAGAGGCCAUAUGUUUAUGCAAUGCAUUCUGAACAGCUGGAUUCCUAUGGCCACAAACUAGGACCCCACAGCACUGAGCUUGAUAAUGCACUGAAGGACAUUGAUAAGGUGAUCGGCCAGCUAAUGAAUGGUCUGAAACAGAUGAAAUUGCACCGUUGUAUCAAUAUCAUCUUGGUUGGAGACCAUGGUAUGGAGGAAGCUCACUGUGACCGCACAGAGUUCCUGAGCUCUUACAUGUCCAACACUGAGGACAUCAUCCUAAUCCCUGGGUCUCUGGGAAGAAUCCGAGCCCGAAAUCCAAACAACUCUAAAUAUGAUGCAAAAGUAAUUGUAGCAAACCUUACGUGUAAAAAGCCAGACCAGCACUUCAAACCGUACUUAAAGCAGCAUCUUCCCAAACGUUUGCAUUAUGCCAACAAUCACAGAAUCGAGGAAGUUCACUUGAUGGUUGAGAGAAAAUGGCACAUAGCACGGAAGUUCUAUGAAUCAAAAAGGAAUCAUGGGAAAUGUGGAUUUGCUGGUGAUCAUGGAUAUGACAAUAAGAUCAACAGCAUGCAGACCAUUUUCCUUGGAUAUGGACCAUCUUUCAAAUUCAAGACCAAAAUUCCACCUUUUGAGAAUAUUGAGCUUUAUAAUGUCAUGUGUGAUCUCCUUGGCUUAAAGCCUGCCCCUAAUAAUGGUACUCAUGGUAGCCUUAACCAACUCUUGAGAGCCCCUGUAUACAUACCCAGCAUGCCUGAAGAAGUGUCCAAACCAAACCCUACAGGACCAGUCACAGCUCUUAAUGAUGACCUGGGCUGCAACUGUGAAGACAAGUUGCGUUCAAAAAGUAGGGGGCAGAGGGCAAUGAAAGUGACCCUAGUAAGAGGCUAUAACCUGGAGUCACUGUGGCUCUGUCUGUUACAGAACAAAGUAGAAGAGCUCAAUCAACGACUGAGACAUGUUAUUGAUGACAACAAAAAUCUUCCUUACGGUCGGCCAGCAGCCAUGUUCCGCACCAAAUACUACAUCCUUCAUCAUAGUGACUACAUUAGUGGCUACAGUGAAGCUUUGUUCAUGCCUCUCUGGACGUCUUAUACUGUGUCUAAGCAGGUAGAUUUCACCCCUCUGACUGAGGCUCUGAGUAAUUGUGCUCAGCCUGAUAUUAGAGUUUCUUCAGCCUACAGUCAGUCCUGCUCAAGCUACCGUGCAGACAAACAGAUCUCCUACAGCUUCCUCUAUCCACCUCAGUUGUCCUCCUCUCAGGAAGCAAGAUAUGAAGCUGUUCUCAUUACUAACACUGUACCUAUGUACCCAGCAUUCAAACGUGUGUGGAGUUAUUUUCAGAAAUCACUUGUGAGACGUUAUGCUAGUGAGAGAAAUGGAGUGAAUGUGGUUGUUGGACCCAUCUUUGACUAUGACUACAAUGGUCUUAGGGAUUCAGCAGAGACAAUAAAACAGUAUGUCAGUGGCUCUGUACAAAUCCCAAGUCAUUACUACAUUGUAGUUACAAGUUGUCUGGAUUACAUACAGACUGUUGACUCCUGUACUGGUCCUCUCAGUGUGUUCUCUUUCAUCCUUCCACACCGAUCAGAUAAUGAUGAAACCUGUAAUAGUUCAGAGGACGAGACAAAGUGGGUCGAGGAACUGAUUAAGACACACACAGCACGUAUACGAGAUGUGGAGUUACUUACAGGACUAGACUUUUAUCGCCGCACCAGCAGGACCUAUGAGGAGAUUCUCUCUUUGAAAACUUACUUACACACAUAUGAGAGUGAGAUCUAAACCACUGCAUCACUGCAUUAGCAUGCCCUACAUCUUAACUGUCGGGAUGCAGAAGCAAGGUGUAUAUUUUUAUGCAAACUAUCAUAUUUAUUGUUCUUUCAUUACUAAUCCUUAAGUGAUUUUUUAACAUCCUCCUCCUUUAUGACAGUGACUUACACGCAUGAGCAAUUUUUUUUUUUUUUUGGUGGUUUGGGUGGGGGGGGAUUAAUUCUUUUUUAAGAAUUUUGUAAAAAAUACUAUAGAAAUGUUUUGACCUGUGAUGUUUGAUGUGCUGAAUGUAACCACAUUUGAAAGAUGUCUGUACUGUAAUCAAACCUGUUCUGUUGUGACAGGUGUUUUGUUUGUUUUUUAUGCCAUUAAACAAUUUGCACAAAGUUCUUCUGGUCAUUUUAAAUAUAAUAGCACCGACUGGUGGUUAUAUGGCAGUUUGCAGGUUAUUUUCCAAAGAGAUACUUAACGUAUCUUUGUUGUUCACUGUUUUAUUUUAUGGAUCAACAAUAAAUAUACA